ACCUGCUUCUGUAACACAAGAAUUUCGAAAUAUUUGGGAUCAGUAAAGUACAUCUAUCUAUCUAUAUCUAUCCAUAUGGUAACUGAAUAAUGCAGGAACAUGUCCUGAUCCAAGCAUGAUGGAGUUAUAUGAUGAAAAAUGUAGCUAAAUAUGCAGAAAACCAGAACAGAGCUUACCUGAAUAUGAGGCAGGUUACGGAUAAUGUGUUGGGUGACACAAAUCCAGGGAGAUAAUGCUAUUUGUCCAGUAGAGAGCAGCAGCAAGCUUGAGAUGAGUUUAUAUACCUUCAUAUUCAUAUGAAGACAGGAGAUGCUUUUGCAGGUUACCGGAAAUGUCACAUGACACCUAGGAUAUACAACUGUUUGAAACAGGCAAAUGGGAUUUAAAAAAAAAAAUCUGUUUUGGACUCUAAAUAGUGUUGAUACAAAUAAGUCUUUUUAAUUUUUGCAUGCUCAAAGGAGACACACACACGUGCUAUAACUUCUGCAAAUUAGGAUACAUAGUCUACUGACAUCCUGUUCAUAACGCCGCCGAAGGACAGACUAGCAAAUUGUUGUUUGAUUGACAAAGUAAAGCAGCAACCAUUAAUUGACUGCUUUUCUCACAUAAUCUUUUUAUUAGUCAUUAAUUUCGUUGUAAAGAACGACAAGCUCUUUCAGGGCGGAGGAGUAGCAGUUUACGAGGUGUUCCUGAAUGCAACACGGGUCAUCGCCACCAUCACAGCCAGCCUCUGUCAUCAUCCCCCACGAAGGUGUCACAGAAGGCAGCUAGCUACCUGCUUUACACUACGUUUCAUUUAAUCAUUUUGAUACAUAUUUCUGCUUGACCUUUCGGGGCAUUUGGCGUCAUGAAGGGAAUCAGGUUUUUCGUGGUUUUCUUGGUGCUUUCCGCGUCUCUGCUGUGCACAGCCGAAGCGGGCAGAAGCAGGACCAGCAACCAGAACAGCUUCCGACGGGCAGCUAACGGCAUUUACCAGACCCUGAGCAGUGUUUUCGGAGAGGACAACAUUAGAGGGCUAUACAAGUUUUUCUCCAAAACCACGGAGCGGUUUGUUCAUGGAGUGGACUCAUUUCUUGACACCAUCUGGAAGAUCUGGUCAGAUCUGCUGGAUGUGAUGGGCAUUGACUCCUCAAACCUCAGCCACUACUUCAGCCCCACAUCUCUCACCAACUCCCCGGCACGCGCCCUCCUCCUCGUCGCCGCCGUGCUCUUGGCCUACUGGUUCCUCUCUGUGUUCCUGGGGGGCUUCUUUUACCUGCUGCACGCUGUUUUCGGCCGCUUUUUCUGGUUAGCACGCGUCACCCUCUUCGCCCUGUCCUGCCUCUACAUUCUACAGAAGUUCGAGGGCGACCCCGAGCGCGCAGUGCUGCCGCUGUGCUUCAUCAUGGCGGUGUACUUCAUGACGGGGCCUGUGGGAGCGUAUUGGCGUCGUGGAGGCGGGGGAGCAGGUUCACUGGAAGAGAAAAUCGACCACCUGGACACUCAGAUCAGGCUGCUCAACAUCAGGCUGAGCCGCGUCAUAGACGGCCUGGAACGCACCGGGGAGCAGUAGACUUAGGUGCAGGCGAGGAUGAGGGGGAGGGAGGGGAUAUUCUAGAACCAGCUGCAGUUGAUGUCAGAAUGCUGUUCCUGCACAUAUCUGCGGCAACACAACUACUGGGUACUUACAACUCUAUUGUCAGAUGGGAACAAAGCUAGAUUUGAAAACAGUAUUUUAACUGCUUGAGUUGAUUUUAGUUACCAGAUACCUAAAAAUGAAAUCCUCAGAAGUGUGGACAGAUGACCUGGAAGUUCCAAAACUCAACCAGACAAGGUUUUUUUUUUGUUGGUUUUUUGUUUUGUUUGCCUCGAAGGUUUGAAAGGUUUUUGCUACAUCUGUAAGGAGGUUAUAAGAGAGAUGUCCAUGGUUUUCUAAAUGCAGGCCUCAGUCUACACCUCAACUACUUUUGAGAAACUCCCAAGUUGGGGUUUGAAUUUUUGGUGUUUUGAUAAGUAUUGUCAAUGCUUGCGCAAAAUGAAUAAGCAUAUUUUAUGUAUGUCUGUGAAUAACCUGGGGGUUGAUUCUGAAACAGUUUCGUCCACAAGCAUUUUUCCCCUUUUUGAAACUAUUGAAGUAGGAAAGGGUGUAUGAUGCAGGGGACCAGUUUAAAAACAUUGUAUUUCUUAUUCUCAUAUGUAAAAUCCUCAAGACGUCAGAUCGUUGUUCAUAGUAAGAUUUAUUUAUUCAGUUUUCCAUCCAAACUGUUGAAAUCAUGUAGAUCUAGUUUGUUUCAUUAAGUCAACAAUACCAUAGUGACAAUAGUUUGACAUCAGGACCUCUUUUUCUUGUGAGUAUGUAUGUGUGUGGUCGCAUCUAUGUGUAUGUGUCUACGAUCUUUUUGAGUGUUUGUUUCAAAUUUAAGGAAUGGAAAAGCACUGUAGUGAAAAGUCACCAUCAGACUGUGAGAAAAUGCAGACAGGCAGCAAUAUCUCAGGGACUCAACCAACAAAUAUUCAGAAUUGGAAAUGAGAUUUCAAGUAUAUUAAAAUCAUGUCUUGGUCUCUUUGAGUCACUUCACAGGUUUUCAGAUAUGGUUUGAAAUCGUCUCAGUAACUUACAUGACUUAUUGAUACAUGAGUGCACCGUGUGUGUUCUUGCAUCUUGUUGGAAUUGCAAGGUUUGGUUUAUGUCAAGACCAAAUACAGUAUUUCAGAUGCUUGUCAUUCAUCAUUUCAAUGUUAGUAUGGAAUUUCCAUAGUAGGAAUUUGUAUAGUGGUUAGUGGUUCUAAAGUUUAAAAUGGACAGUAACGUUUUUAACUAACUUUUAGGAUUAGGAUUUUUAGUGAGGAAUUGUGAUCAAGUUGACUACAGAUUAAUUAGGUCUAGUGCCUUUGAACCUGUAGGGGGCUGUACUGUUCAGCCCAUUUGACUCUUGGCUCUUACCAGUAAUUUAAUGAUAGACUUGCAACCAGCCUGAUGGAUACAUACAGUAUAACAUUCUGUUGAAAACAGUGCUUUAGACAUAAUGUGCAUCACUAUAGCCAGCUGUAGUCUGUUAGUGUGAAAGGUCUUUUUGUAUUUUUUAUUUUUUUCUGCCGUUAUUUCUUUAUAUUUAUCAUGUUCUAUCAGAAGAGAUUGGGCCUUGUUACUGUUUCUUUCCCUGCCAAACAUCUUCAUAUUAUCAUGUUCCCCUGUGCACAGUUCAAUUGUAAAAUUGUAAAUUCAAUUGAUAGAUUCUGGACUGUGUAAACAUGUUUUUAUAUAAAUGACCCUAAUGCUGUGCAAAUUUGAAAAAAAAAAAGUUUGCUUUCAGUGUCUCAUGAGAAAGACUGACUAAAGAGGGACACAAGUCAGUAAUGUUGCAGGAUGUUACAAAGAUCAGCGAGCACUCUUACAGUUAAUGACACCACUGAGGCCAAAGAACCAACCAGUAUUUAUAUCCUCGACACUCAGUAUGUGUGAUAUGCUGUGGGGUGCAAUUUUUUGCCCCUUUUCUAAUGUUUCUCAAUGUAGUAAGGGUGCAAUGUUAACACUUUUCUUGAGUAUGUGGCUGUUUCCCUGUAUAUUCUGAUAAUUAUGUGCGUGGUUUUUCAUGUGUCCAAUGCAACGGCUGAGUUGAGAUUCUCAUUAGACCCUUUGUCUUGCCUUGCAUCUCUAUCUUGGACUUACAGCUAGAUGUGCAAAAUCAGUUCAAUGCUGUAUUUCCAAUCCAGGUUGUCUUAAUGUGCACCAGUAAUUUCUUCAAAAGGAAAAGGUUUUCUCAUCUUUCCCUGACACAUAUAGUUUGUCCCCUGCAGUAAAUCCCCCCAUGGCCCACACAGCCAAAGUAAACUGGUAUUUUCUUGCAUGCUAUGUUUCUUAUGCCUAUAAUGUUACAUCCUAUACAUAUUGUUCACCAUUUAGGUAGAAAACCCUUCCAAAUGUGAUUGUGGGAAUUUGAAUGUUAGUUUCAUUUGACGAAAUUAGCAAGAAAUUAAGUAUAUUAGGGAUUUGUGUUUAACGAGUCUUAUUUUUAACAUUUGCACUGAUUACCAAUCUACUGUAUAGACCAAAUUAUAAUUCUUGUGAGGGCUGUUUCGCAGCUGUCAUCACAGCCAUGCUGUCUAUCCUCUCUGACAUGUUAGUCAUGUUUAGAGCAACCCUUGCACUCCCAGGUGGAAGGAAGAAAAAUGUACAUUGACACAUUUUCAAAGGUCUGCAAUUGAAAAAUAAGAUAUAGUAGCUGGCGUGAAAGAGGAGCUCGAUCCUGGUGUCUUGUGGUGUGGCUCUCUUAAUCUGUUGCCAAUGACUUGUGUAUGUUUUACUAAUAACAGCAUGUGUGAUUUAUGAAGGUAUUAAGUGAAUAGUAAUCAUGUAUGUUGUUUGUUAAGGAAGGUUUUACAUGAUAUUCCAUCGAAUCUUGCCACUAAGAUGGUCUCAGUGUGAUCUUAACAGGCUGAUUUUUCCAUUCAUUAAUGUAUUUCAUGUCAAACAUAUUUAAUGUCAAACACGUGUGUUAUACUGUAGUGGUUCAGAAUUUGGAGCACUUCACUGUUUGAGAAAAAAGAAUCAGGAAUGAAAUAGUUUCUCUUAAAAUUGCACAUAAGUUCUCUCACACAGUUUUAAUCAUUUCUAGCACCAUAAAAAUGUCAGUUUCUGAGAUUUAAAAAAAAAAAAAAAGCUUGAAAACGUUCCAAAUGGACGAGGGCUUUAACCUUCCCUCAAAAUAUCAUGACACUGUAUACUUCAAGUUGCCACUAGCUAUACCUGUAAGCCUACUCAGUUACCACUUGGCAUCACUGCAUAGAUGUUGAAAGAUGCUAGAUCUCUCUGUUGACACCUCUCAGCACUGGAAUGACUGCUACAUUCAGAUUAUAUUUAUUAUCUGUUGAAACUGUCCAUGUACUGUAUCCUACUUAUUCCUGUUAUUCCAUGUAGCCUGCUUUUUCUGACAUGCUGUGCCAAUGAUGUUUUUUUUUAUUUAAGGCAAUUCUUUGUAUCUGUUGAAAUUUGAAUAGGUGUAAUUUUUUUUAUUUCAACAUUUCUAGACCUUUUUUUAAAAAAAAGAUCCUGUACUUCAGUAACAUGGCAAACGCCAAACUGUUCUGCCUGCUGUUGUCUACUUUGUAUGCGUGUGUGUGACUUUAUGAAAACCUGUCGGUGGGUAAAUGAUAUUUUAGUUUUUCUUUGUGUCGAAGUGAAAAUGAGGUCCAGAUUUGAAUAAAUUAAACACCGCAGUAGGA